ACGGUGACGUCACUGGGGCCUGUAUCCGGUUGGGGCAGCGGCUUGGAGCAUGGAACCUGGCGGAGUAUGAGAGCUCCAGCCAGCGGAGGAAGACCUGGACUAAGCAGAAGUGUCUUACUGGACAGCGGGCGCACUUGUCCCCUCCACUUAUUUCCUGUGGGACACAACCUUUCCCCUUCUUUGUCAGACUGCGGAUCCCGGGAGAGCCGGAGCACAGAGUCCCGAUGUUGCCUGAUAGCAGGAAGAGACGGCGAAACAAUGAUGUCUCCCAGCUGCCACAGUCUAAACGGAGCAAUAGGAACCCCACAUUCCAGGACUGGGAGGCUGAGGCAGAGUCUUCAGGGAGCGACAGCACUAACAGUUUUGUAAGCCUGGAUCGCAGCAGCGGGUCAGAGAAUCCACAGACAGUAUCGGGCUCAGGCCCCGCCACACCGCAGCCAGUCUCCAUCCCAGAGCAGUCGGCGCUAAAUCAGGGACCCUAUGUUCACAUCAACCAAAUCUUAAAAGAAGCGCACUUCUCCAGUCUACAGCAGCGGGGCUGCCCCUCCUCCUCCUCCUGACCUGUCGGCCAUGGAAUCCCUGCUCAUCAAACAGACCACACGUCUUAUGCCAAUAAUACAGCCCUUAGGUUGUUUCCAUAGCAACCCCACAAGCAGUCUCCUGGCGGCUUUAUUCUGUCAUUUCACAUCCAUUACCCAAGGUAACAGAAUGUUACCCGACGCUCAGUUCUGCCCCCCUCUGGCUGCACAGACUACAUUUUUGGUUUUUAGCUCUUUUUUUUUUUUGGCCAGGGAAAUCUUUCAGUGGUCUGAGUGGCCGCCAUCUUGCUGUGUGCAUUUAGUUGUGUAAAUUUAAUAUUGUAUAUUUUUUUCUUUUCCUUUCUGACGGGUGACCUGGAUUAGCACUUUUUUUGGGGGGGUCUGUAUAUAUACUAGCUUGGUUCAGCCUCCACUUACAGAUAGCAAAAGCAAUGGACAAAGGGCUUUAUUGUCUUGGACCAGAGCUUCCAUAGCUAGCGCUUCUCUUACAGCCAUGCUUGGCAUAAGGGUCACCAUGCUUAUUCCUCAGUACACCAUGGAGCCUAUUUAAUGCUAUGUAACCUAUGGCGCUUACACCUCAUGUCAAUCACUGUCAGGAUGUGAUGGCGACCUGAACCAACAUUGCACCCCAGCUUUGCUAAGAGACCGAAAAUGUGUUGGUUGUCCCAUUAAAAAUACUAUUGCCUCACGUUAUGUAGCUGUAUUACCAUAAACCAUUAUUCCAGAUUUCUAGAUACAUUAAGCCCUGUGCACGUUACGUGCUGCCAUAUGGCGCCUCCUCGGUUUGGAUCAAAUGACUGGUACAAUGCUGAUCUUACCCUGUAAGGCUGCAUUCACACCACGUUUUUGCAUUACAGUUCCCGUAUACAUUUUCAAUGUGAAAACCGUACGGAACCAUAUUGAAAACCGUAUGCAUUGACUCUCCAUUGAAAACCGUAUGCCAAACGAUGCAUCUGUUUUGCGUCCAUUUUUUAUUUUUAUUUUUUCUUCCCCCGUACCCAAAACCGUUGCCUACCACGGUUUUUGGUCCUGGUGAAAAACCGUGUUAAACCGUAUACGUUUCUUUUUAAACAUGGGAGUUAGAGAUGAGCGAACUUACAGUAAAUUUGAUUUGUCUCCAACUUCUCGGCUCGGCAGUUGAUGACUUUUCCUGCAUAAAUUAGUUCA